AUGUCCGUUUGGAACCUGCGGGAGGAGGGCUUGACAUCGGAGAAUUUCGUGGCAAAUGAACACCACGACGGGGGAUUUAUGGAGGCCGAAGAAGGUGGACUACUUGAUCAUAACCAUGUUGAGCUCCAUCGGGCCCUCAAGGCCCGGCAUAUCACCAUGAUUGCUAUCGGCGGUGCCAUCGGCACUGGGUUGAUUAUUGGAACGGGAGAUGCACUUGCAAAAUCAGGACCCGCUUCAAUCUUAAUUUCUUAUGCGUGGGUUGGGUUCAUCGUCUACUUGGUGAUGUGCGCCCUUGGAGAAAUGGCUACAUGGCUACCACUGCCUUCUGGCUUUACCGGUUACGCUGUCAGAUUUUGCGAUCCUGCUCUCGGGUUUGCUCUAGGAUACACAUAUUGGUUCAAGUAUAUCAUUACUACUCCGAAUCAGCUCACUGCCGGCGCGUUGGUUAUUCAGUAUUGGCUCCCAGCAGAAAAAGUCAAUCCCGGUGUGUGGAUCACGAUUUUCUUGGUCCUGAUCGUCAGCAUCAAUUACUUCGGUGUGCGGUUUUUCGGCGAAUUUGAGUUCUGGCUGUCCUCGUUCAAAAUUAUUGUGAUUCUCGGGAUUAUUCUGCUAUCGUUAGUCCUCAUGCUCGGCGGCGGACCGGACCAUGAUCGCAAGGGGUUCCGGUAUUGGAACGACCCCGGCGCAUUCAAUACCUAUAUCGCUGAUGGAGCCGCUGGACGUUUCUUCGCUUUUUGGUCCUCGAUGGUUAAUGCUGUCUUUGCCUAUCUCGGCACGGAGCUGGUUGGAGUCACGGUUGGCGAAGCACAAAACCCUCGGCGAACAAUUCCACGUGCGAUCAAACUGACCUUCUAUCGUAUCUUGGUUUUUUACGUCCUGACCGUGUUCCUUGUGGGCACUUUGGUCCCGUUCAACUCGAAGAAACUUGCCUUCGCGGUAAAUGCGGACAGUUCUGCAGCCGCGUCGCCUUUCGUGGUUGCCAUCGAGUUGGCUAGUAUUCCAGCUCUUCCGCAUAUUCUGAACGCUUGUAUUCUGGUCUUUGUUUUCUCUGCCGCCAAUUCGGACUUAUAUAUUGCAACGCGCACGAUCUACGGUCUCGCACGAGAGGGCAAAGCGCCAUCAUUUUUCGCACGGACCGAUCGCCGCGGCGUUCCUGUGUUUGCACUAUCAAUAUCUUCACUUGUCUCACUGCUAGCAUAUAUGAACGUGUCGAGCAACUCGAAAGAUGUUUUUGGAUACUUCGUCGACCUAGUUACAAUCUUCGGCCUCCUAACCUGGAUUUCAAUCCUGGUCACGCACAUUUGCUUUGUGCGGGCGCGCAAGGCCCAGAACGUCCCGCGAAGCAGCCUUGCGUAUGCGGCACCGCUUGGGAUGGCUGGUUCGUAUGGCGCUCUCGCAUUUUGCAUCCUGAUCUCCUUGACCAAAAACUACGAUGUGUUCACUCACAACGCGAAGUGGGGAAACUUUGACUACAAAACUUUUAUCACCGCAUAUCUUGGAAUUCCGCUUUACUUGAUUCUCAUCUUUGGUUAUAAGCUGGCCACUAGGUGCGAGGGUGUCAAGCCGGAAAAAGCUGAUUUGUGGACAGGAAGGGCGGAGAUUGACCGUGAAGAGGCUGAGUACCUUGCCAGGAGGGAGGCCCACGGAGAAAAGCAUGCCCAAUCGCAUUGGUUAUAUCGUACUUUCGUUUCGUGGCUCUUCUAG